UUAAGAAAAGUGCUCUUUAAAGAUGAGGAUAUGAUGACGAAAAUUGGGAAAGAAACGGUUUUUUUUUGCCGAGCCGUCUCUUUUGGCAGUACUCAGGAAAUAUUUCUUCAAUUAAUGAAGUACUUCAGAGCAAUCUAGGAGAGUUGGAAACUCUCAGCUAUUCCCAUUUUACUACUGGACUGCCUUGGUUAAGAAAGACUUGGAUGCUGGAAGGCUAAAGCCCAGUCCAACACCGGCAUCUGCAAAUCAUCAACUUUCUCAGACCACCCCACAGACACCUUUUGCCGUCUCACAUGGACGUGACCUUUGAUUUCUGCUUCAGAUAAAGUGUUCAACGCUAGGUACGAAACGAAACCGCCGUUAUUUCUGCUUCCAAUACACACAGUGGGCUGUAGAUCUUGCCUACCAACACAGCAUUGAAACCGCAAGAUUGCAAGCGUGACAGCGAACGAUUGCACUUCACAUGAGCUCGAGAGAGUGGAAAGAAUAGUGACCACCCUCUCCCUGCCGUCCCGCUCAAACCAGCCGGGGGUGUGGUGCUCUGUUGGAACUCGGCUCCAAAUGCCAGUAUGUCUCGGGGAACAGAACUUCUCCCCAUACUCAUCCUGGUCCUUUCUUGCACAGUUACCGCUGAAGUGAAGCAAUUUCUGAGUCCGCCCAAUGCGACCGCAGGAGAGACCGUGACUUUUCACUGCUCGUUCCCGCUAUUCCGAGAUAAAAGACAAAUCGCGGUGCACUGGUGGAAAGCCGGAGACCGGACGUUCUUGAGCUCGAAACAGGAUUCCAGGAGAGUGUUCCAGAUUGAGAGCAAAGCCAGUGCUAUUCUGCGCAUUAACAACGUGCGUUUUGGAGACGCUGGCGUCUAUUAUUGCAGGGUGCAGGGUGAAUAUACUGGAAAUGGAACUGGCGUACGGCUGAAUGUAAACGCUUCUCCGCAUCCUCUGAAAAUUAUUCCGAAGUUUUCUGCAACUGGCACUCUAACGUGUAUAUGUAAAACGUCUGGGUUCUAUCCCCACGAUUACACGCUUGCCUGGCGUAAAGAUGGUCAAAAUGUUGUACGUGGAACAAAGACAUCUGCAGAAAAGAAUGCUGAAGGAUUAUUUGAAGCUACCAGUUAUUUGGUAGAAACACAGCCGGCUCAUUCUGGAACUGUUUAUGUCUGUGAGGUAUCACACUCUACCCUCAAGAAUCCAACUUGGGUCAAUUACACUGUUAGCAUUCCAGGUUCUAGUUUCAGCAAUUAUUUUCCUUGGUGGAUCUACAUCUGUAUAGCAAUAUUUUCACUGCUUCUAAUUAUUAUUGUACUCGUCAUUUGUUGUAAAUGCUGUAAACGUAAAGCUCCUAAAGACAAUAUGCGAACAAGGCAAUGUGUUCGAUGCUCUGAGCCAAUACCAAUGAAUCCCAAAGGCAAAGAACAAGGAUUAAGAAAAAGUAAUACUCCAAUGCCAGCUGUGAACCCAAGUGCAGGACCAAAUAUUAAUGAAAUUGCACCAAAAAGCAAGAAGCACCGUAAGAAGGAGAGGGAUCCUAAGUGUCCUUGAUGAUUGGAGAAGUAAUGCGAACUAUAUUUUAUAACAACUGUAGGUUCUCUUUGGAGAACACCUAUAUUAUUUUGGGCAGCAUAUGUUCACAAGUGAGUUUAUGAGAUAAUCCAGAGAGUUGCAAAGUUAUAAAAUUACUGUUUUUAACUGUAUUUGUUAACUCACUAAACAUUACUUUUCUUCAAUGAAUUAAUCUCUACAAAUUGAUAAUACCCUUAUCUCUGAUCAGUUUUGAUAAUUAGGCAAACAUCUUGAUUGAGUGUUCACAUUUUUCUGUAAUGAUUGUUAGUGUAUUAAUUUUUGAAAACAAAAACCCAUGCAUGGGAAAGUACAAUGAACACAAAUCUAACUUAAUGCCUGUUCUUCAGCCAGACUCAUUCUGUGUAUUUUCUGUGUCCGUUCACCAAGAGGUUCGAGAAUAAAUGCCUCAUCCAUAUCUAGGAUACAGAGUUUGAAUCCACCAUUCAUAGACAGUAUAUGCAAUUUCAGUCUUUAAUCAUUUCUCCUUCUGUGGAAUUCAACCACAUAUUCACCCCCACUUUGGGUAAUUUGGGAAUUAUGUGAUAACCUAAAAUGGGUGGGAGGAAAUUGACAGUCCAUUUUGCACGUCUGAAUUUGUAUUUACCCAGACUGUAGAAAAUACAAGCAAGAGCUCCUACAGAUGUUGAUAAAGGAAAGGAAAGUCAGUGAAGCAUAUGUCCUCCAGAGAAUGAGAAUUGGGAGUUAAAAGUUGAUAAUAAAGAAAUGGCAAUCAAAAUUAACAAAUACCUUACUUCUAACUUCACAAUAGAGGAUGUAGAAAGUAUUGCAGUAAUGGCUCUUCAUCAGAAGGUGAAGAGAAGAGGGGAACUUGGUAAAAUUACAAUCACAGAGGAAGCAGUGCAGAAAAAAAACUGUUAGAGCUGUUGGUUCAUAAGGCCUUGAAUUUCACCCUAGCGUAUGAAAAGCAGCAGCUAAUGUGGAAAUUGGCAUGAUUGUGUGAUUUUUUUAGAAUUCUCAAGAUUCUGGAAAAUUUCAUCAGAUUGGAAAGUAGCAAACAAAGCUUCUAUCCUCAAGAAGGGAGAGAGGCAGAGAACUCAAAACUGUAGGCCAGGCAGCUUGACAUCCAUCAUGGGGGCAUGUGUUAAGUGUACUUCAUCAAAGAUAUAAUAGCUUGGAAUUUAGGAAAACACAGGAUAUUGUGUAAAAUGUGAUUAUGUUUAAUUAAGUUAUUGUAGUUCUUUGAACAAGCAACAUUACUGUGGAUAAAAAAAAUCUACCUACUGAUGUUCUGUAGUUUGAUUUCCAGAAGAAGUUUGACAAUGUGCCACAUAAAAAGAUUGUUGUGUAAAGUAGGAAUAAAUUGUAUAGUGAUUACAUCUGUGAUGAAGUUGAAGGUGUGUACUAUACCUUGAACAGUGAGUGAAUGCAAUUCUGAACUGAGACCUGACGAGUACUGAUGAUGGAAAAUUUAAUAUAUGUAACAUUUGGCUGUGAAAUGGAUACUUGAGCUUGUUGCUGUUUUGACAAAAAAUUGAAUUUAACCAAACAGCUUAAAUUAUGCUCAUGAUACUAAAACCAAUUGAGUUUGAAUUUAUUGUUUUGCUAACAUCAAACCAUGAUACAAUCCAAUGUUAGGGGUAUAACAAAAGCAGGAGGAGAAUGUGAGGACUGAAGAAGGGUUUAUGCCCGAAACGUCAAUUCUCCUGUUUCUUGGAUGCU